CUUAUGUUCAAAGCAUGACCAGUCCCAGAGGACCCCCAAGGCCAGAGUCAAGAGUACUGGAGCGACUUAAACGGCUGGUAGCAAGGAGGCUCCCGCUGUGCUCUUCAGCUAGUGAUAGCGGCGCACAGCUGCUCCUGGGGCCGGAGCCGGCUGGAAUUGAGGAUGAGGACUGGGACCCGUAGCCGAAAAUGGGGCAGGUCCGGGUCCUGGGCAGACCUCUUCUUGAUCUUUACUUCCCUGAUACAACUGCCCCAAGGGGGAAUAGCUGAUCCUGUAGAUGUGCUUCAGGCAUUGGGAGUCAAGGAAGGCAAAGCCAAGGUCCCCGAAGUGCAAGGAUUUUGCCCCCAAAGGUCCCCAGAAGGAGAUCGAGCAUUCUGGGUGGGAAACUCCAGCCAGCUCAGUGUCCACACCGGGCAGCUUUGGCCAGCUGGUCACUUUCCAGAGAACUUUUCGCUGCUGGUCACCCUGAGGGGCUAUUCAUCUGGUCAGGCUGUCCUCCUGUCCAUUUAUGAUGAAAGGGGAGUGAGGCAACUGGGGCUAGGGGUGGGGCGGCCAACCCAACUCCUAUCUGAUCCCCCCAGCCCCAGUCUGCUUCCCACGACAGUUGACCUCAUGGAUGGCAGGUGGCACCGUGUGGCAGUCAGUGUGGACAGCUGGACAGUGACCCUGGUGGCUGACUGUGAACCACAGCCCCCAGUGAGCUGGGAGUGGCAGAGAUUGACCCCUGUCAGCACAGCUGGGCUUAUUAUGCUGGGGACACAGGACCCUGGAGAAGAGGCCUUCCAGGGGGAUAUCCAGGAACUUAUGAUACUGCAAGAUGCUCAGGCUGCCUUCAGGGCCUGUGAAAACCUGCUGCCCAGCUGCGACACCCCCACCACCCCAACCACCCCAGCCACAGGGGUUGAGCCAGAUACCCCUCAUCCCCAAAGGAAGGGGAAGGGGAAAGGGAAGGGAAAGGGCCGAAAGGGCCGAAAGGGCAAGGGCAAGAAGAAGAAAAACAAAGACUCUGAGAAACCAGAAGUGCUCCCGACUUUACCAGAGAGCCAGACCACCAUUCACAUUCCUGAGGCAGAGACUCUAACUGUCUCCCCUGAGACAGAGACUGUGGCCCCAACUGCCCCCUCAAAUGUCACAGUCAUCACAUCCACAGUGGCCAUCAGUCUCAAUGUCACCACCUAUAAGGACCCUGGAAGUGAGCCAGUGUCCUCCAAAGCUACACACAAGUUCCCUGAGCCAAGAGAGGGCAGGAAUGAGGAGUGGGAAAACUAUACCAUGAACCCCAUCUAUGGGCCAGCUGAGCGUGGGUCAGAAACCCAGAUCUACGUAUUUUCUGAUGCUGGUGAAAAAGGUCAGAAAGGGGAGCCGGCAGUUAUUGAACUGGGACAGCAGUUUGAGGGACCCCCAGGACUUCCAGGGCCUUUGGGAAUAGUUGGCCCUUCAGGCCCUCCUGGCCCACCUGGCUUCCCUGGGGACCCAGGUGAAAGGGGACCUGCUGGUCGUCCUGGUGUCCCUGGAGUGGAUGGUAUCCGAGGCCUCCCUGGAACUGUGAUUAUGAUGCCUUUCCAAUUUGGGGGUGAGUUCCUCAAGGGUCCUCCAAGCUCAUUCCAACAGGCACAGGCUCAAGCAGUGCUACAACAAGCCCAGCUCUCCAUGCAAGGCCCUCCUGGUCCUAUGGGGCUUACAGGUCGAGCUGGACCCUUGGGUCUCCCUGGAUAUCCAGGUUUGAAAGGAGAAACAGGGGUAGCAGGACCACAGGGUCCUAGAGGUCUUCAGGGCUUACCUGGGCCUCCUGGAAAAGAAGGAAAGCAGGGUCGCUCAGGAGCAGAUGGACCACGGGGCCUCCCAGGGGAUACUGGACCUAAGGGUGACCGGGGUUUUGAUGGCCUGCCGGGGCUGCCAGGGGAGAAGGGCCAAAGGGGAGAUGUUGGCCACAUUGGGCAGCCAGGGCCCCCUGGGGAGGAUGGUAAGAAGGGCUCAGAGGGGCCUCCAGGGCCCAGGGGCCAAGCUGGGGAGCCAGGACCUCGGGGGCUGAUUGGCUCUAGAGGCCCCCCGGGCGCUCCAGGACAACCGGGUGUGGUGGGGAUAGAUGGACCUCCUGGUGCCAAAGGAAAUGUGGGCAUCCCAGGAGAGCCAGGCCCUCCAGGUCAGCAAGGAAAUCCAGGACCCCAGGGUCUUCCUGGAUCACAGGGACCAAUUGGAACACCAGGGGAAAAGGGGCCCCCAGGAAAGCCAGGAAUUCCAGGUGUUCCAGGAGCUGAAGGCCCACCGGGUCACCCCGGCCAUGAGGGCCCCACAGGAGAUAAAGGGGCCCAGGGUCCAGAAGGGCCCAUAGGCCCAACAGGAUAUCCUGGGCAGCGAGGAGUAAAGGGCACAUCUGGAAACCGAGGCCUAAAGGGGGAAAAAGGCGAGAAGGGAGAAGAUGGCUUCCCAGGCUUUAAGGGUGAUGCAGGUCUAAAAGGAGAUCGAGGUGAUCCCGGACCUUUGGGCCCAAGAGGAGAAGAUGGGCCUGAGGGGCUGAAGGGUCAGGCAGGGUUGCUGGGUGAAGAGGGACCCCCAGGCCCAGCUGGGGAGAAGGGAAAGCUUGGUAUCCCAGGUCUCCCAGGAUAUCCAGGUCGUCAGGGUCCUAAGGGAUCCAUUGGGCUUCCAGGGCCACUGGGUCCGGCUGGAGAGAAAGGGAAACGGGGGAAGGCUGGUCAGCCAGGAGAGGAAGGAGAACGGGGACCACCAGGAUCCCGUGGAGAGAGAGGACAGAAUGGUCCCACAGGAAAACCAGGCCCCAAGGGAGAUGUGGGCCAUGAUGGUGCUCCGGGGUUUCCUGGAGAAAAGGGCCUACAGGGCCUGAAGGGGCCCCCUGGAUUUCCUGGGCCAAAAGGACCUCCAGGCCCUGCAGGGAAAGAAGGAAGGCCUGGUCACCCUGGGCAGCGAGGAGAGUUGGGUUUCCAAGGCCAGACAGGUCCCCCAGGACCAGCUGGUGUCAUUGGCCCCCAGGGGAAGACUGGUGAAACAGGGCCACUGGGUGAAAGGGGCCAUCCAGGCCCUCCUGGGCCCCCUGGAGAGCAGGGGUUGCCAGGGCUGUUGGGAAGAGAAGGAGCCCAGGGGGACCCUGGACCGGCUGGUCUCCCUGGGAAGGAUGGCCCCCCAGGUCCCCGAGGCUUCCCUGGCCCCCGAGGAGCCCCUGGAGAUACAGGAGCAACCGGCUUGAAGGGGGCACAGGGCCCCCCUGGCCCCAUCGGUGCCAAUGGUCCCCCGGGAGAACGAGGUCCUGUGGGCCCUGCUGGGGGCAUUGGGUUGCCUGGUCAAGGGGGUGGACAAGGGCCUCUUGGCCCUGCUGGAGAGACAGGAGCGGCAGGGGAGCGUGGACCCCCUGGCCCCACAGGGAAAGAUGGAAUUCUAGGGCCUCCGGGCCCCCUAGGACCAGCUGGAGCUGCAGGGCCCGCUGGGGAAGACGGGGACAAGGGAGAAAUGGGUGCCCCAGGCCACAAGGGGAGCAAAGGCGACAAAGGGGAGCCGGGUCCCCCCGGACCAACAGGGAUCCAAGGUCCUGUUGGACACCCAGGCCCUCCAGGUGCAGAUGGGGAACGAGGACGCCGGGGUCCACCAGGCCUCUUUGGGCAGAAAGGAGAUGAUGGUGUGAGGGGCUUCCUGGGAGGCAUUGGCCCCCCUGGCCUACAGGGGAUGCCAGGACCACCAGGAGAGAAGGGAGAGAUUGGAAAUGUGGGCUCCAUGGGUCCUCAUGGUGCUCCAGGUCCCCGAGGACCUCAGGGCCCUAGUGGGUCAGAGGGACCUCCAGGGCUUCCUGGGGGCAUUGGUCAGCCAGGGGCUGUUGGAGAAAAGGGGGAACCUGGGGAGGUGGGGGACCCUGGUCCCCCAGGCAAGCCUGGCCCAGUGGGACCCAAGGGAGAAUUUGGUGAAAAAGGUGAUUCAGGACCAUCGGGGGCUGCUGGGCCUCCAGGGAAGAAAGGCCCUCCUGGUGAGGACGGGGCCAAGGGGAGUCUGGGUCCCACAGGAUUCCCCGGGGACCCUGGUCCCAUUGGAGACCCUGGUGUUGCUGGCAAAGAAGGUGUGCAGGGGGAGAAAGGAGACCACGGGGAUGUUGGGGCUCCGGGCCCACCUGGUGCCUCUGGGGAGCCUGGUGCUCCAGGGCCUCCUGGAAAAAGGGGGCCUGUUGGCCAUAUGGGUCGUGAGGGCAGAGAGGGAGAGAAGGGGGCCAAGGGUCAGCCUGGUCUUGAUGGCCCUCCUGGUAGAACAGGCCCAGUGGGUCCAAGGGGCCCUCCUGGUCGUCUUGGAGCUGAGGGCCUCCCAGGGAUUCCUGGACCCUCAGGUGAGCCCGGUCUUCUAGGCUCUCCUGGACAGAUGGGUCCACCUGGGCCCCUGGGGCCCAGUGGCCUUCCUGGCCUGAAGGGGGAUCCUGGCUUCAAGGGGGAGAAGGGUCACAUUGGGCUAAUUGGCCUAAUCGGUCCCCCUGGAGAGCCUGGUGAGAAGGGAGACCAAGGGGUCCCAGGGGUACAAGGUAGCCGAGGCCCCAAAGGAGAUCCUGGUCUUCGAGGCCCUAUAGGCCCUCUGGGCCCCCCUGGGUCCCCAGGCUUGGCGGGUCCUUUGGGGCAGAAAGGAUCAAAAGGGUCACCGGGAUCUGUUGGCCCCCAGGGAGACACAGGACCCCCAGGACCCCCUGGACCCCCGGGCCCCCCAGCAGAGGUGGGGGAACUCCUGCCCAUGGGGGGGUCCCGGCAGCGGCGUUCAGCUGAGGGCGUCCCUGGGCCCAGUGAGAGUGGCCUGGAGGAAGUGUACGCCUCCCUCAGCUCCUUGAAGAGCGAAAUAGAUCAGCUGAGAAGCCCUCGAGGGACCCAGGAGAGCCCCGGCCUGGUGUGUAAGGAGCUUGGCCGGAGCCAUCCCCACCUGCCUGAUGGGGAAUAUUGGAUUGAUCCCAACCAGGGAUGCUCAAGGGAUGCUUUUAGAGUUUUCUGUAACUUCACAGCAGGGGGAGAGACGUGCAUCUUUCCUGAUAAGAAGUUUGAAGUGGUAAAGCUGGCUGCCUGGUCUCGGGAGAAGCCAGGGAACUGGUAUAGCACAUUUAAAAGAGGAAAGAAGUUCUCCUAUGUGGACUCAGAUGGCAAUGCAAUCCGUGUGGUGCAGCUGACUUUCUUGAAACUAUUGAAUGCCAAUGCUCGCCAGACCUUCACCUACAUCUGUCAGAACUCUGUGGCCUGGCUGGAUGAGGGGGAGGGUGGCUACAGCCGUUCCCUUCGAUUCCUGGGGGCUGAUGGGGAAGAAUUGUCCCACAACCGCACCUCAGACGUCAUCCAGGUCCACCACGACGGCUGCAGGCUCCGUAAAGGCCAUGCCCAGACAGUCCUGGAGCUCCAAUCUUCCAAGGUGGGCCAGCUACCCCUCAGGGAUGUGGCUGUGUCAGACUUCGGGCAGACAAACCAAAAGUUUGGAUUUGAGCUGGGUCCUGUCUGCUUCAGCGGCUGAACUUCGAGGGGGCAAGGAAAGCGGAGCCACCCUGGAUACAAAUGUGGGGUGGGGCAAGGCAGAGACACUAGGGGAGAGCAAGCCAGAGCCGACCCCAGAGCAGAUGGAUGGAUGGACAGACAUCAUGGUGCUGUGGCUGAGAGAAUUAUUUAUCUUCCAUGCCUGUGGCUGUGGAAGCCUGUGGUUCACUGGUGUACUUUGUCACUAAUGCAAGUUUAACCUCCUGGUGUCUGGGUCCCUCCCCCCGUUCCCAGGGCCCCAGCUCCUCCCUCCUAGCUUGACACAGAAUAAGGCCAUGGUUUCUUCAAUGGCCCCUGCUCCCCAUUUCCCACUUCUCCUUCAUCAUGGGCUCUAGGGAUCGUAGCUCCUCUUGUCCAGGUGCAGGUGGGUCCUGAGCUCCUAAGUAAUGAACUUUUCACAGGGUAAAGCUGGCCACCUCAGGCCCCUCCAGACCUUUGGUGCUAUGACCCUAACAUUAGUGAAGCACUGGACUCUUCAGAUGGCUCCCUCUCACUGCCCAGGGUGGGUCAGUGGCAAGGGCAGGCCAACCCCUGGAUAGGUUGGGGGGCGGGGGUUGAGAAUGAUAGCCAUCAAAGAGCCCCACCCCCUACCCAGAUUCCCAAUUCACUCACCUAUUUCAUCCUCCCCAACUCAGGUCUGGCCUAGAGGGAACUGGCCUUCAGGAGGGUCUACUGUGAGAGGGAUCAGGGUCUAAAGGAGACAUUCUCCAGGUGGGUAGGGGGAAGGGCUCACGUAACUCAAAGGCCCAGGACCAGCCCCUACCCACCAAGCCCACCCUCACUCCAGCUUUCCUCUGGCCUUCAGUGUCCUUGGUGCUGUUGGGGGCUUGGGGGCAGCUGUGCAGGUGCCCUCAAUGGUGCUGCCUCCUUCCCUUGUUAAUACAAAUGUGUAUUAAAAGGAAACUUUGGAGUUUUAUUUA